AUGCGAGUGAGAGAACAAGGCAUCCAAGUGUUGAAGCGACCACCAAACAGAUCUCGGAAAGUCAUGCCUCCAACCCCAACGACGCCAUACGACGUCAAAUGUAGUGUCCCGACAGAAAAGAUCACGAAAAUAAUCGACCAGGAGGACAUAAAAGCCGCUAGAAAUGAGCAUCCAGUCUGCGUACACACACUUCUAAGCCAUUAUGCAAACCAUUUGGCCACAUCUAGAAGAUUGGAGCUUCCCUGUCAGCUUCGGGCACUUUAG